AUCCUAAGAGGAUUUGCUGCAAUGCAAUCUAACCGUUGGAAAACGCAGGUAGAAGACGCGAGGAUGGGUUUAUGCAAUGAAAUCCGACCGUUGGAAAUCGCAGGCGGAAGACACGAGUUUACAACGGAGAGAGAGCUCCGAAAAGAGAGUCUGGGGAUGGGAAGAGAGCCCUACGGAGCGAGAUCUCAGAGCUAUUUCUCUCUUCCGUGCGUUGUGACUGAACCCUACUGUCUCUCUUUCUGAGCUCAAGACUCCGAGAAAGAUAGAGAGAUGGGGAGGAGAAUGGAAGGGCGAUCUCCUUCCGUCUUCAAUCGUGAUAUUCUUCUUCGUCGUCUCGAAUCCUGUGACGACAAGUCAAGCCUCGAAGAUAUAGUGGAGUUUCUGCGCUCAAGCUUCCCGGAUUACAGACGAAUCAAGCAACAACCCUUCACCAAUCAUGUCCAGCAAACCCUUGAGUUUCAACAGAGAAAACGAGAUUUCUGUGUUUUCACCUCCAAUGACUCCAAUGAAGUAGACGAAGACACUGACUCCACAGCGCCCUCUUUAUACCCUUUUCGUAAGAAGGUAAAGAAGAUAGACAUCGGAGAAAAGAGGCUGCGACUUAAGCGGAGAGAGCAAGAUUGUCCUUCGACCUCUUCGUCCGGCGACAACGACGAAUCGGAUGGUUCGUUUUCCACUUAUAAAGAUGCAAUUUAUGAAGAGAAGGUGGAACCUGAGUUUGAUUUGAUCAAGUCAAUGCUUCGUUCCAGUUACAGUGCAUCGAAGAAGGAUAAAGAUACAAAGGCUAAGGCUGAGGAGAAGAAUUUGGAGGUGGAAGUUAUUAAUAAAGAGAAGAAGAUUGGCUUGAUUGGUGGAGAGAGAGAAUCGAGUAUUAGAGAUUCCAAAACUUCUAGAGAGAGAGAAUUGAGUAGUAGAGAUGGUUAUGAGGUGAAGGGGAAGGAUGGACCAAGGUUUAGGGAUCUUGGCGGGAUUAAAGGGGUUUUGGAUGAGUUGAUUAAGAAGGUAAUUUAUCCACUUUACAAUAUGCAGCUGGCUCGGUGGCUAGGACUGAAGCCAAUAACUGGUAUUUUGUUACAUGGACCGCCUGGUUGUGGAAAGACAAAGCUUGCUCAUGCGAUUGCUAAUGAAAUUGGCGUUCCGUUCUACAAGAUUUCAGCUACUGAAGUAGUUUCUGGUGUCUCAGGUGCGUCAGAAGAGAAUAUACGUGACCUUUUUUCAAAAGCAUACAGGACUGCUCCAUCAGUUGUCUUUAUUGAUGAGAUUGAUGCCAUUGCUUCUAAAAGAGAAAAUCUGCAGAGGGAGAUGGAACGGCGAAUUGUGACACAGCUGAUGACUUGCAUGGAUGAAUCACACCAAAUUACGAAGCCAGUUGAUGUAGAUUUGAAUUCAGAAGCAUCUGAUUCCAGACCUGGUUAUGUUCUUGUAAUUGGAGCUACAAAUAGACCUGAUGCUGUUGAUCCUGCCCUCAGGAGACCUGGAAGGUUUGACCGGGAGAUUGUUUUGGGUGUUCCAGAUGAAAAUGCACGGAUUGAGAUUCUGUCUGUGCUCAAACGUAACCUUAGACUUGAAGGUACAUUUGAUCUUGCGAAAAUAGCCAGAUCUACGCCAGGAUUUGUUGGAGCAGACUUGACAGCACUUGCCAACGAGGCUGGUUGCCUUGCUUUAGAGAGGAUUGUAGAUAGUAGGAGGUCUGACCUAGCCAGAGAACCCAAAGAUGAUGAUCAUUGUGAAGAAAGGUAUAGUUGUUCAUGGUCACUUGAAGAUUUGGAAGGAUGCAGCAUCACAAUGGAUGAUUUUGAGGAAGCAGCUAAGAUGGUUCAAUCUUCUUCAAGAAGGGAGGGAUUCUCUACAAUCCCUAAUGUCAAGUGGGAGGAUAUUGGAGGGCUUGAUGCACUGCGGCAAGAAUUUAACUUUUGCAUUGUUAGACGUAUAAAAUAUCCUGAGAACUAUGAGAAACUUGGAAUGAAUUUAGGGAUGGGAUUUUUGCUUUAUGGACCUCCAGGCUGUGGAAAAACAUUGAUUGCCAAAGCUGUAGCAAACGAGGCGGGAGCCAAUUUCAUACACAUAAAGGGCCCAGAACUUCUGAACAAGUAUGUUGGAGAAAGUGAGUUGGCAGUUAGAACAAUAUUCAGACGGGCAAGAACAUGUUCUCCUUGCAUAAUUUUCUUUGAUGAGGUGGAUGCUUUGACAACAACACAUGGAAAAGAGGGGGGUUGGGUUGUUGAGCGGCUUUUGAAGCAGUUGCUCAUAGAGCUAGAUGGUGCUGAUGAGCGGCGUGGUGUUUUCGUCAUUGGUGCUACAAACAGGCUUGAGGUGAUGGAUUCCGCUGUCUUACGGCCAGGCAGGUUUGGGGAACAUCUUUAUGUACCUCUGCCUAGUCCUGAUGAACGUGGAUUGAUUUUAAAAGCACUUGGUCGCAAGAAGCCUAUUGAUGCUGAUGUUGAUUUGAUGGCCAUUGGACAUAAUGAAGCUUGCGAAAAUCUAAGUGGUGCUGAUCUUGCAGCACUGAUGGAAAAAGCUGCAACAGUUGCACUUGUUGAGAAAGAAGUAUUAGGUCCAGGCAGCUCAGAUGCAGAACUUUCCAUUAAGGCAAUUCACAUUGAGCGAGCAUUAAAGAAAAUAUCUCCAUCUGUCUCAAACAAGCAAAAGCGCCAUUAUGAAGCCGUGUGGCGGAGAUUUACCAAAAAUAACAAAAACAAAAGUUGUUUUGUUGCAGAGCUUUGGAAAGAGAUGAGCACAGAAAGUAUGAUUUUGUAGUGUCAGUUCAUCGUAUGAUUUUGUAGUGUUUCAGUUCAUCAUCUAUUCUUCACCCCCCCCCCCUCCAAAAAAAAUCCAUCAUCUAUUACAUUAUCUCAUUAAAAUACUUGGUCUCAAUCUCUAGGCUGUAGUUUUCUAAUUGUUUGGAAACCCUUCUAUUAAUUUCUUCAUCAGAAUAUGUAAUUCUUAUUUUAUUUUCCUAUUUAUUCCAUAGAAGAAUCCUUGGAGCAUGGAA